CAAACGCAUUUACAAACAAAUAGUCUUCUUUAAAACUAUUUUAACGGUUUAGAUAUGCAAUUUAUAGUUGGAUAUCUCAAAAUCCUUGCACUUAUUGAAACAAUGAUUGUUAUUGCGGUUAAAGGUAAUAAUUGUGAAUAUCCAGAAUGUCCAGUAAGCGGAACUCAUACGAUGUGCAAAUACCCAGCUAAGUUAGAUACAUCAGCUCCAAAAUGUUCAGGCAAAGGGGCAACAGCCGGAUUGACCGCUGAAGACAAGAGAGUGAUCCUGGAUAAGCACAAUGAGUUGAGGCGCAAAAUUGCUAACGGUGAACAAAAAGGGUUUUCAAAGGCAGCGAACAUGAUGCAACUUGCAUGGAAUCCAGAGUUGGAGAUGAUAGCUCAGAGGUUUAUAAACUCCUGUGGAGUCGAUGGAGACCACGACAAAUGUAGGAACCUGAAGGACAACACUCCAGUCGGACAAAACUCUGCGAAUUCUGUGAUGACAGAAGGUGAUACAAAAGCAACUGUUUUAGAGAAGAUGGUUGAAUCUUGGUACGACCCUCUUGAAAAAUUAACCGACAAUACGGUCGUCGAUGAGUAUACUAGGCCAGAAGACGUGAGCAUUAAAGACUUCACUCAACUGAUUUGGGCAGAAUCCAACAGACUUGGUUGUGGAUACAGAGUUGAAAGUAAAGUUGGGAAUAGUCAAGCAGUAGCUGUGGCUUGCAACUACGCUACAGAAGGUAACGUCAAGGGGGAUCCUGUGUAUGUGAAAGGAGAACCUUGCAGUAAGUGUCCUAAGGGAAGUAAGUGUAGCAAGACAUAUCCUGGGCUUUGUGCAAAGGAGGUGAAAGAGAGUAUCAACAAGGAACCGAACAAAAAAGAAGAAAAGAAGAAGGAUGAAAUAAAACAGCCUUCUGAUUGUGACGUGACCUUUGCGAAUAUCAUACUCACAGUGUGUUGUAUCACUAUCAUUUUACGUGUUACAUAGCUGCACCGAAUUUAGGAGGUUUGUCAGUAAUAUUAUUUAUGCUAACAAAAUAUUCAAAAUACCUAGCCUCAUACUAGCUCCAUCUAAACUAGUAAAACUUAUUAUUAAUUU